CAAGAUGGCGGAUUCACAGACUUUAGGAAACAGUUUGACAGCAAUGGACUGGCUGCCACAACUAAGCGUUGGCGGUGCCAUGGCCAACAGUCAACCAGGCAGUAAAGUACACCAACUUUCAAACAAUUUGCUUAAUCAGAAACGAGGGCUCCUUCCUUCACGGAACCCGCCGGGAUCGCCACUCGACCCGACAGCGACGUUGGAUCAGAACGAAGCUCAGCAACAUAAGGACGGAAAACCACCGUACUCGUAUGCGAAUUUGAUAACAUUUGCUAUCAACAGCUCUCCAAAAAAGAAAAUGACACUCAGCGAGAUAUAUCAGUGGAUCUGCGAAAAUUUUCCGUUUUACCGAGAAGCUGGCAAUGGCUGGAAGAAUUCUAUCAGGCACAACUUGUCACUCAACAAGUGUUUUUUGAAAGUCCCGAGAUCGAAGGACGACCCCGGCAAGGGUUCAUACUGGGCAAUAGAUAACAACCCACCAGAUGAUCCUCUACCAUCAAGAAACAAAGCCAAAAAGCCAAGAAUUGGUUGCAGUCGUGGAGGAUCUUCACCAUACAGUCCAGAAGGUAGUUUGCAUGAAAGCCAAAACAGUGUCGCCAGUUUAGGUGGUCCUGCACCAACGUUAGCACAGAUAAAUUUACAUUCACAUCCUGGACAUUUGGAUCCAAUUGCAACACGAUUAUUUGAAUCUAACCCUAACUUUGAUGAUUUGAGUGCCUCGUUCCGAAGUCUUUACAAGCAAGUGUUUGAAUCAUCACAGGGAGGAGAUGUCCCUCAUCACACAUCCCAUCAGUUACCAAGCAAUUCAUGUAAAUCUGCCUAUAGCACGGUCACUACUAGCAGCCUCGCUGGUUCUACUAAUAGCUUACAGAUGAGUAACAACAACAACAUGUCAGCGAAUCCAGGUAGCAGCUGUAUGAACUUGGGCACUUCAACAGACUGGCUACAGCAGUUAGAUCAGUUGAAAGAAGGUGUGCGAGUCGCAGGAAGUUGUAAUUUUUCAGAUAUUGAUAUGUCGCAGUUUCAAGGUCUUAUGGAAAGCAUGAAACAAGCAGAUCUGAAAAACUGGUCUCUGGACCCAGAACAGUUCGCAGACCUUGCAAAUUCACUCAAUCAGUUCUUCACACAAGCAGGCAUACUAGGGCAAAGUACAACAGACCCAAUGAAGUCAAGUCCUACAUUAUUUGUAGCUGGUAGUAUAUACAGUAGUAGUCUUCAGAGUAGUGGUGUGACGCAUUCAUUGAUGGGAGCGUCAGGCAAUCUUGGGUUCAGCACAGGUUCACAGAUAAGUCCACAACAAACCAUGCAGUUACCACAACAAAGAACACACACAACCACAAACUCACUCCAAGGGAGUUAUGAUGAAGAAGAAGAUACCUUUGAUUGGGAUAGAAUUCUUUAAAUUUUAUUAUAGCUAAUAUAUGUAGAAAUGUUUUCACAUGGGAUUGUUUUUUUUUUAUAUGAUAUCCAUUGCUGCUUUCUCUUGAUAUAUUGUGUAUCCAGAAUAUUUGGAUAACAUCUCAAUUAUCA